AUGGCCCGCGAAGGAACCCGCUCGCAGACCGGCAACUCCAAGCCGCGCGUCUUCCCCGUCGUCGACACCGCUCCCGUCCGCAAGACCAGCACCACCACCACCACCGGCGCGAAGCCCAAGAAGACGGCCACCAGCACCGCUGCCACCAAGGGCGCGAAGCCCGUCGGCGUCACCAAGAAGAAGGCCACCAACGCCAAGAAGGAGCCCACCGCGGCCACCAAGGCCAAGUCGGUAGCCAAGAAGGUCUCUACCAAGGUCACCGGCGCUGCCAAGGCUGGCAAGAAGGAGACCAAGCCCAAGACCGCCAAGGCAAAGGCCACCGCCCUCGAGCCCGUCGCCUCCUAA